AUGACCUCAGCCACUUCGGUGCAAGCUCGUGUCCAAGGCGACACUCCCGUGUGGGACGAAGACGCCAAGAUGUGGCUAUCCAAGCUCGGCACGACGGAACUCGCGUACAUGAACUACUUGGACUCUGUGAACACGGCGUCAGUCGAAGGCGCUCUGAUGUUCGUGCAGGCUGAAGGCAUCAACGUGAACGACCAGUCGGUUCUGGGCGACCUGAACAUUGACGACCUGGUUGGUAUCACCAAGAUGGGCUACAGCAGUUACGAGGAGUUCUGCGAGGACGGCGGUGUGGAAUUCAAGGCUUCAAACACUGGGAGCGGCUUUGAGGUGGAGGAGUCGAUCGAGUUUUUGGGAGAAGCCUGGAGAUAA